AUGGUUGAGACCUACAAGAAACCCCAGAGAUAUGUUCCAGGGCCCAAUGACCCUGCGUUACCGCCGCAGCUCUCGGAGUUCCAGAACAAGACGACCGAUGAGGUGCUUGAAGAGUUAAACAGAAUGCCAUUCUUCAUGACAAAGCUCGAUAAUACCGAUGGUGAAGGUGGAGAGAACAAGGAAUUGGAAGCACUCAAGGCAUUGGCGUAUGAAGGCGAACCACAUGAGAUAGCAGAGAAUUUCAAAAACCAAGGUAAUGAGCUUUUCAAAUGCAAAAGAUUUAAAGAUGCUCGAGAACUGUAUACCAAGGGAAUUGAAGUGGAUUGCAAUGAUGCCAGGAUAAACGACUCUUUGUAUGCCAACAGGGCUGCUUGCGAAUUAGAGGUCAAAAAUUAUAGAAAGUGCUUGACAGACUGUAAAGCUGCCCUGCAGUUCAAUCCAAAGAAUUUGAAAUGCUAUUAUCGCAUGGGGAAAGCUUUUCUGGCGAUCAAUAAGCUAGAAGAAUCGAGAGAGUCGGUCGAGUUUGGUCUGCAAAUAGAUUCGAGUAAUAAGUCAUUGAAGAAUUUGCUAGAUGUUAUUGCGCAAAAGCAGGAGGAAGUAGAGCUGAGAAAAGUCAAAAACUUGCAAGAACAGAGAGCUCGCGAGGGUAUGCAGGUUAUCCUAGACAAUGCUAUGAAGUUGAGGAAGAUUAUAAACGUGAAGACUCAUGCUCCGCCGGAUAUAAUACGAGACUGCAAGAUUGCACUCGAGGACCCAUUUGAUUAUGAAUCGCAACUGAUUUAUCCUGCCCUUAUCUUGUAUCCAACGACAGACCAGUUUGAUUUCGUAGCAGAGGUGGGCGAAUUGACUUCCGUGCAGGAGCUGCUCUCAAUAAUAAUGGAUAGACCUGAGGAGUGGUUUAAGGCUCCCGGUCACGAAAACUUCUCAGCUAAGAAACUUGUCGUUUACAUGGAAACUAACAGCGGCGGUCUUGUCAAGAUUGGUAAAAAAAUAACCUUCCAUGAUGUUCUUAAAAUGGAGAAGCCAAAGAUACCACUAUUCGACAACGCUUUGAAGGUCUAUUUUGUGCCCAAGACUGAAAGUGAGGAGUGGGUCCAAAAAUGGGAUAAAUCAAGGGCGAUAGAGAAGCGGCUUAUCAGCAGUGAUCAGUCAUAA